AUGGCCGACGAGUGGGGCACAAACAACAUCCAAUCCUUCAUCCCCAAACAAACCACCACAGGGCCCGACAUCUCCCAAGUGCGCCUCCCGAGCCCCUUCACCGUCGUCAUCGUCGGCGCCUCCCGCGGCAUCGGCGCCGGCAUCGCCACCUCCUACGCCCGCGCCGGCGCGACCGGCCUGCUCCUCGCCUCCCGCCGCAUCUCCGGGCUCGAGGCCACCGCCGCCGCCUGCAGGGGCCUCAACCCGUCGGCGCGGGUCGAGAUCGCAUCCUGCGACAUCACGUCCGCCGCGGACGUCGAAGCGCUCGCGGAGCGCGCGAGGGGGCUCUUCCACGGCCGGCUCGACGUCGUCGUCGUCAACGCCGGCUUCUCGGGGACCUUCACGACCGACCUCCUGGCCACCGACCCGGCGGAGUUCGCCCAGGCGGCGAGCGUCAACUACCUGGGGCUGUUCCACUGCGCGAAAUACCUCCUGCCGGGGCUGGCGGGGUGCGCCGGCGGGGCGAGGGCGUUCGUCGCCGUGUGCAGCCUGGCCGCGGGCAUCGUGCGCGGCCCGAUCGCCAACGCCAUGUACUGCGUGAGCAAGACGGCGCAGAUGAAGCUGGCGGAGCACGUCCACGAGCAGUUCCACGCCGAGGGCAAGGGCGGGGUGAACGUCCUCACGGUGCAUCCUGGCGCGGUGAAGAGCGAGAUGGCCGAGGGCGCGCCGGACGAGUUCAAGGAUUUCCUGAUCGAUGAUGUUGAGCUCUGCGGGAGGUUUUGUGUGUGGGUCACCAAGGAUGGCGAGGAGGGGAGGAGGAGGUGGGCUUGGUUGAGUGGGCGGUUGGUGAGUGCUACGUGGGACGUUGAGGGCUUGGAGGCGAAGAGGGAGGAGGUUGUGAAGGGGAAUUUGUUGAAGUUGGCGUUGACCACGAGUUAG